AUGAUGAACACCGAUGUCCAUGGUGCUCCUCCCGUCCAUCCCUUGUCAUCGGUUGAGGUGAGUUGGGCCUUGGCGCCUAUUUGCUUCCACAACAAAGCAGCGUGGACAUUACAUGCUGCCUGCAGCGUGCACGUCAUCUACAGCAGAAGCUCAGGGAGCUACACCGCCGAGCGUCCACGUCGGCCUACAUGCAUUGGCUGUACAGUCUCUCUGAUGCCAUGCGACGACCGGGAGCCUGAGGUCAAACUCGCGGCCAUCGGCUACUGGCAGGCUCCCGCCCGAUCAUCGUAUCCUCCACACAGGUCGCUGUGUUCUGCCAUGCAUCGACUGCUGUAUCCUGCCAUGCAACGGAUGCCUGCCGCGCGACUCCGGAACUGCCUCAGUCUCCCGCCCCUCGACUGGUUUACUAUACAGUGCUAUCUUCGUCCUGCGAACGCCGAUUCAAAGAUCUACAUAGGACCCUGUGGAUCGCUCCUCCGUCAAGGUUGCAAACCAUAUGAACUCCCGAUCAUACUAGGAGUCUGAGCUUGUCUGCAGAUUCCUGCGCCACUUCUGUAUAUGUUCUAGCCACCUUUGCGCCCCAUUGACCUGAUGAUAAUUUGCCGCGGAACUCCCUGUGGUUCUCGUCGAUGAAUCAAGCUUUCUGCCUAUCAUUUGGUUUAGCGUUUUCCCAGUUCCGCGUGGUCGUUCACUUGAUAUGCCCCCGUCGAAGUCGGGAAGCGGGCGAACCGAAAGCUAGUCACGUGCGCGGUUGAAGUUCUGUGACAGCGUCACACAAUGUCACCGGU